AUGGCUCUUCUUCUCUUCUCUUGCUUCUUAACCUCUCUUUCUCUUGCUCAUGGAGCUUCAACCAUUCACAUUUCUCCUUCUCAGCCUCCCACAGGUCUUGAGAACACCAUUUGGGAAAAUUCUACAAAGAAAUUUAUAGUGGCAGAAACGCCAUUAUAUGGACCUACUUACAAUAACCCUCAAGUGAUUGGAGACGCUUCAGUGGCUUUAGCUGCUCAAAGAACAUUCAGAAAGGAUCCAGUUAAUGGCUUCCAGAAAUAUACUGGAGGAUGGAACAUCAGCAACCACCAUUACUGGGCUUCUGUGGGAUAUACAGCUGGUCCUCUCUUUGCUGUUGCUGCUGCUUGGUUUCUUGGGUUUGGCAUCUGCUUACUGGUUAUAUGUAUGUGUCACAUAUGCCAUAGAACCAAAUCUAUUGGAUACUCAAGAGUUGCUUACAUUCUCUCCCUAAUCUUCCUCCUCGUCUUCACUCUUAUGGCAAUUUUGAGUUGUUUCUUAUCACAGAAUUGGAUGUGUUAUGCUAUACUCGGGUCAGAUAAGCCUUGUGAUUCUUGGAUGGAUUUUGGUGACUGGUACAUUCAUCUUGAGCGGAACGUUCCUUCUGCUACACAACUCAUCAACACAGUCGUAUCUAAUGUCUCCAACAUCAAUUUCUCUCCAGUCUUUGCCCAAAUGUACUACAACCAGUCUGGACCAUUGCUUCCUUUGCUCUGCAAUCCGUUUAACCAUGACCUCACCGAUCGCCCUUGCUCGCCUGGUGAGCUCGAUUUGAACAAUGCUACUCAAGCAUGGAGCACUUUCGUGUGCCAAGUGAACACGAACGGGACUUGCAUAACAACAGGGAGGCUCACACCGGCACUGUAUGGUCAGAUGGCAUCAUGUGUGAACAUCAGCACAGGGUUGAUCAACGACGCACCGUUCUUGGUUCAGCUUCAGGAUUGUUCAUACGCAAAGCAGACCUUCAGAGACAUAACCAAUAACAACUGUCCAGGACUCAGACGUUCUGGUUACAGGGUCUAUGUGGGCCUGGCAAUAUUAUCAACGGCUGUGAUGCUCUCGCUUCUGUUCUGGAUCAUCUACAGCAGGGAGAGACGGCAUCGUAAGGAAGCUUUGCCAGAAUAUUCAGAAAGUAAGGAGAUCGUAAGAGUUAACUUCUGA